ACAGUGUGUUGAGGGGUGUGUUUUGAACGCAGUGAGACUCCGCUAAAAGUUGGGAUUUCGCGUUGUGUGAUCUACAGCAUCCUUCCGGCAGCAUCAUGGCAAACAAAGCACAGCAGCCUCCUCACCUGCACCUGGCCGAGGUCACUGCGUCCCAGUUCCUCGACAUCUGGAAGCACUUUGACGCCGACGGCAAUGGCUACAUUGAAGGCAAGGAACUGGAGAACUUCUUCAGGGAGCUGGAGAUUGCACGAAGAGGGGCAGGAGUGGACCCUACAAACCCCACCUUCAGAGAAAAGAUGAAGGAGUUCAUGCAGAAGUUCGACAAGAACAAAGAUGGACGCAUUGAGAUGUCAGAGCUGGCCCAGAUUCUGCCCACUGAAGAGAACUUUCUGCUCUGCUUCAGACAGUUUGUCAGCUCCAGUGCCGAGUUCAUGGCGGCAUGGAGGCGGUAUGACACAGAUCGCAGUGGUUACAUUGAGGCGAAUGAGUUGAAGGGGUUCCUGUCGGACCUGCUACAGAAGGCCAACAGACACUACGAUGACCAGAAGCUUCAGGAGUACACACAGACUAUUCUGAAGAUGUUUGAUCUGAAUGGAGAUGGGAAGCUGGGCCUGUCAGAGAUGGCAAGGUUGCUCCCAGUUCAGGAGAAUUUCCUGCUCAAAUUCCAGGGGGUGAAGUUGACUGCUGAGCAAUUCAAUGCCAUUUUCAAUUAUUAUGACAAGGAUGGGAAUGGUUACAUCGAUGAGCAGGAGUUGGAGGCUCUGCUACGAGACCUAUACCAGACAAACAACAAGGAGGUGGAUGCCAAGAACUUGACCGGCUACAAGCAGAGCAUCAUGGCCCUGUCUGAUGGGGGCAAACUGUACCGCAGUGAGCUGGAGAUCGUCCUGUGCAGGGAGCCCAUGGUGUGACUCUUCUCUUUCUUCUUGCAAAUCCUCAUUUGUUUCUCUGCCUGCCCAGCCCUGCCCUGCCCUCCUAAAACCACCUCCAGCAGCCUGGAAACAUAAACCAGGUGCAUGUGCCAAGCACACUCUGCUCCUCUAACCUAAUGUCCCUGACAUAAUAUGAAGGAAUGAAAAGUGCACUAUGAGCACACUGCAGCUCAUCCCCACUUCACUUUCAAUUAUCGAACCAUGAGCGGUUAAAUACUCCUACUUCCUGUUGACCUCUGGGCCGUCAGUGGUUUGCCCGGUUCGCAAUUUCAACCACAAGCCCCUCAUUCCACAGAAUCGACCUUUGAUCCCUGACCCCUUAACCUGGCUUCAUUCAGUCCCCUUGCUCUUGCAUUAGCUACCAUAAAAUAUAGUCAAGAGAAAAUGCAAAACUGUGUUUGAAUUAAUCUUAUUUAUUAUAACUGAGUUUUACACCUAUAUCCUUUACAUGUUUGUUUUUGGCUGAUUCUGUCGGUUGAAAUCAUAAUAAAGUCUUAUGAUAAAAUCUCUUUACUGAGCACUUUUAAUUUUAACCUAACUAUGAUAGCAUUGCCAGAUUUAUUUGAAAUAUAUUUUCCCCAGACUGAGGGCUCUAGUUGUUCCUGAAGAUGAGAUUUUCCAUCCCUUUAAUUUAUUUUGGCUACCUUCAUGUUACCAUCCACAUACAUGAACCCAUAACAUAUCUAACUUCUGAAUGUUUUAGUAACGAGUGUUGACAUAUUUCUUCCUAAUAUUUCACCUUUAAACUUGAGGUGACUGCAUUUUCAAGAGUAUGGGUGAUUUUAUAACACCUAGGGAAAGAUGAAUGAAAAGAGGCCAUUUAAGGGGAGCUCUGAGGCCUUGUUUAUUCCUGACACACUGAUUGCAUAUUGUGCAGUACUCUGUGGCAGAUGAGAGUAAUCGUGGCUGCUUUGCCUUGGCACAGGCUUCGACAGCUUCAUUUGCAGCUCGAUGUCUUUUUCCCAGUUGCAUAAUGGAAAUGACAGCAGAAACAAGUGGAGUGAUAUUGCUGAUGCAGCAUUGUGAGGCAUAGCCUGUGUGUGUGAAAUGAGCCACUGCUCUCUUAUUCACAGUGUGUGGAUACAGCUGAACAUCACAAAGCUACUUCAAAAUGUAAAGCAUUUGAAUUUAAUCAUGUUUCCCAUAAUAUGAUAAUUCAGUCAUGUCGCUUACAGUAGGGAAAUACCAUGUCACAUGGCUAGAAGUAAUCAGUAUCAUAUAACAUCUGUAUAUUCUGUAUAUUAAAUAAACCAUGGUUUAGUGGAAGAAACAAACAGGCAGAACAUAUCUUAAAGGGGUUAGUUUCAUACUGAAGCAUAUUUGUUCCCCUUAACUAUAUACUGUCAAAGUAUACAAUAUAAACAUGACCCUAACGUGUGGUGGGAAAUACUGAAAGAAAUGAACAUCGGUGUAUUAUUUUUCUUUAUUAUCACCAAUGUGAUGUUAGUCAGUAUUGCUGCCCACCUACCCUUGGUUUACCAGGGGGUACUUGAAAUGAAUAGUAUUUGAAUAAAAUGUUACAUCCU